AUGAAGCUCGUCAGCAGAGAUAUUGACAAAAAUAAUUCCGGGGGUGUGACCCUGAUUCCUGAGGAGGCUGAGGAUAUGUGGCACACCUUCAACCUGGUAACCAUUGGAGACUCGUUAAGGUCUACCACCAUCAGGAAGGUUCAGACAGAAUCAGCAACAGGAAGUGUAAGUGUAAACAAAGUGAGAACCACCCUCACUAUCCAUGUUGAAGCCAUUGACUUUGAUACACAAGGAUGUAUGCUGCGGGUCAGAGGACGCAACAUACAAGAAAACCAGUAUGUCAAGAUGGGCGCUUACCACACACUUGACCUUGAGCUGAACAGGAAGUUUACAUUAGGCAAACAGGAAUGGGAUAGUGUAGUUCUAGAAAGGAUUGAGACAGCUUGUGACCCAACCACACAUGCCGACCUGGCCGCUGUCGUGAUGCAAGAAGGGCUUGCUCAUGUGUGUUUAAUCACCGCUAACAUGACUCUUGUCCGUGCAAAAAUAGAGACUAGUAUACCCCGCAAACGCAAGGGCAUGUGUUCACAACACGACAAGGGUCUGACAAGAUUCUACGACCAGAUCAUACAGGCUGUACUACGCCAUGUCAAUUUUGAUAUUGUAAAAUGUUUUCUAGUGGCAAGUCCAGGGUUUGUUAAGGACCAGUUUUCAGAGUAUAUGUUUACGCAAGCUGUUAAAAUGGAUAACAAAGUGUUGCUGGACAACAAGUCAAAAUUUGUUCUUGUCCAUGCUUCUUCAGGAUUCAAACAUUCUCUCAAAGAGGUUUUACAAGAUCCAGCAGUCACUGCUCGAUUAGCUGACACAAAGGCGUCCUUAGAGAUCAAAGCUUUGGAUGAUUUUUACCAAAUGCUUCAAAAUGACCCAAACAGAGCUUUCUAUGGAGUAAAACAAGUGGAAAAGGCUGCAGAGCACCAGGCUGUAGAGGUGUUGCUGAUAUCUGACGAGCUAUUCCGAUCCCAAGACAUCAAACAACGUAAACGAUAUGUGAAAAUUGUGGACACAGUAAGGGAGACCGCUGGUGAAGUGAGAAUGUUCUCUAGUUUACAUGUAUCAGGAGAACAACUAGGUCAGUUAUCAGGGGUUGCAGCCAUACUUAGAUUUCCAAUGGCGGAUGAGGAUGAGGAUUCUGAGGAGGAUUAAGAAAUGUUUUCUAUCUCUGAAAAGAUCUGUGCAAUGAAUAUGCUAGCUUUAAGAAUGAAAAUUGUUGCUGGCAUUUAAAACACUAUUUGUUGCAAUCCUUAUUUUAUGUGUAGCAUGAUAAAAAUUAUUUAUUAAAUCAUUUCAAUUCUU